ACGCAACGCCUUCUUUUACUGCCACCUCCUUCGUUUGGGAUGUCGUUAAAUGGGUUUGUUUUGAGGCAGCCUUCCCUUUUUACGAGCAUCAUCUUCUAACGAGUGCUUUUUCAUGACGAUUAUAUAAUGUGCAAUCCCAAAGCUGUAAAGUGCAGUGGACUAAAUUCACAUGAUGUUUUGCAGUUUUAGGGCUGACAUCAUUGACAACAACAUCACUCCAUUAUGUGUAAUAAUUAAUGUAAUUAUGCAAAAUAACAUUUUCGUUCAAUAUAGUACUGCUUGAAUGCAUUUGGCGGCUACAGACUUAUAAUGCUACAGGACUUUUUCAAAUUCACAAUUUGGUAUAAAGGUUGUAUUACAACUAUUGUAUUACUAAUACUGUAAUACUAUAUUGUAUUUUCUGGUUUUGUCAUGAUGGUCAAGGCAAGGCCUUGCUCUCCACACAUGACCGUAAGUAACCUGGCAGAAGUAUGUGACAUGAUGUGUGUGUCGCUGUGUUUACUGAAGGAUGACAAAUUACAUUUGCAGCCCGGCCAGGGAUAUGCUUCGUGCUUCGGCCCCUAAAGAGCUUUUCCAUGAGGCAGCUUUCUCUCUCUCUCUCUCUCUCUCUCUCACACACACACACACACACACACACACACACACACACACACACACACACACACACACACACACACACACACACACACACACACACACACACACACAAAACCCCUCUGUACUAACAACCUUGUAAUUGAACACAGUCACGCAACAAUUAAGUCAUUCUUUUGCUCUCUUUUUCACUUUCUAACUUUGGUUCUCUCUCUCUCACCCACUCUCACAAUCACACACACAGGUUAUCAACAAACACACAGGUAAUCAACAAACACACACAAACACAGGUUAUCAACAAACGCACACACACACACACACACACACACACACACACACACACACACACACACACACACACACACACACACACACACAGACAGGCAAUCAACACAAAGCUUCCUCUUACAUCAUGCACACACACCCUCUCCAUAGCCUCUUGCGCGUUAAACGCCACCACCAGCAUGCACCAAACAGCGGCGCUGUAUCUGUGUUUGAUCGGCGCCCUCGCAUGCCCCAUCAGUUCCCACAGGUUUAUGGCUUUACUGCCCGGCCCUUUAGACGCUCCGGGGCCCGGACGGGAUGGCUGGGCGCUUCCCUAAAAGCUGAAUUAUUCUGAAUCAUUUCACUAAAGGCAGCAGAUGCUACUUGUAGGUCUGUGGUCUUCCAUCUAGGAGUUGGAGGUGGUGGGUGGGGGGGCAAUCAAGGCGUCCUGGUGCCUGCUAAAUGCCACCCACUUCUGCAUGACCGCGUCUGAGUGCUUAUCUGACCCUGGCCGUCAUUGUGUCGUCUGCACCUCGCCCACUUUAUGCCUCUCACACGCCCCCUACCAGGGUCGCCCCUUCCUUCUUUGCGGUCAACUGUACGGGACAUGUGUCUGGUCGCUCAGUGCCACGCUGGACAGCGCAUGCGGAAGCAAGAGGGCUGGCUCGCACAUCGGAUAGAGAAGGUUCGGAGGACGAGAUUUACUGAAGAUCCGAUUGAUUCGGGUUAGAUAAAACCGAAGAAUGAGAUCCUCAGGAAUAAAGCUUGUGGACUGUUUCAGCAUGUGGUUGGGAAAAGCCUCUUGUACCAAUCUCUGGUUCAGAAGAUUUUGUCUCGUCUUCUCAUCUUCAACCUCGGCUUAGACGAGGCACCGGUCUCCGGGGGUGACUUGGAUACGAUGGUCGUCUUGCCGCGGUGCGGUCGCUACACCUCGCGUCUCCUCAGCUAAACCGGCCGAUUCCGGCCAACGUCCAGCGUGUCCCGAUGGGAGCGCCAGCCGUCUCCGUGAAGGACUGCAUGUCUCUGUUCGUCUACUGCUUCACCUUCCUCCUGGGCCUGCCCGCCAACCUGCUGGUGCUCUUCGUGUACGUCCGCAAGGCGCGCAAGCGGGGCGCCACGCCCAACGUGGUGUACGCCCUCAACCUGUGUCUGGCCAACCUGGCCCUGGUGGCCUGGCUGCCCGUCAAGGCCCUGGAGAUCUUCCUCCAGGGCUGGGUUCUGCCGGGCUUCCUGUGCCCCAUCUACAACUUCUUCCUGUUCGCCUCGGUGUACGGCAGCUGCCUGUUCCUCACGGCCGUCACGGUGGGCCGCUACCUCAGCAUCGCCUUCCCCAUCGCCUACAAGCUGUACCGCCGCGCGCGCAUCUCCUGCUUCAUCAGCGUGGCGCUCUGGGCCGUGGUGCUGCUCCACCUGUCGCUGGGCCUGGUGGCCGAGGGCGGGGCUUUCUUCGUGACGCGGCCCGACGGCGAGGGAGGGGCGGCGGCGUGCUACGACCACUUCAACGAGUCGCAGCUGGAAGUGCUGCUGCCCCUGCGGCUGGAGAUGGCCGUGUGCCUGUUCCUCCUGCCGCUGGCCAUCACGUGCUUCGGCACGCUGCGCUGUGUUACGCUGGUGUGGCGCUCCUGCCUGCCGGCGGCGGGGAAGCGGCGGGUGCUGGCGGUGGCGCUGACCACACUGGCGGUGUUUGUGGUGUGCUACGCGCCCUACAACGCCUCGCACGUGGUGGGCUUCGCCACGUGGGACGACGUGUGGUGGCGCAGCGGCGCCAUGAUGACCAGCGCCUGCAACGUCUUCCUGGAGCCCGUGGUCAUGCUGAUGCUGUCGCCCGCCGUGUCCCGCGGCAUCAUGGGAAGGGUGUGCGGCGGCAGUGGGCGUCGCCCAACCUCGUCCACGCCGAGGUCGGCGCAGAGUCGCCCGCGUAACACCCUGUCGCAGGACCCCGGUGGGGAUGUCAGGGAAAGCCCCUCGCUGUCGGAUAAGGGUCCGCCCGAGGUCACGAUGACCAGGUUGAGUCAAGACUGACCGGAAGGGAAGGACGGUCUCGAACGCGACUGGAUAUGGCGGACAUGUGCUGACUCAUGCUGUUGCCACGGCAGCGGAUGGGCAGAGGGAUCAUGGCGUGGGUUGGAGGUGUGUACCAGUCUUCAGUAGGUUAGUAGGUUACUAAUGAAGCGUUUGAAUGGAACUUGGAUGGACACUUUACACUUGUAAUCAAGAGAUACCCUGACUUUAUGCUUUUUCUCAUUCUUUUUAUUGCUUUUUGGAAGAUUAAUGUUGCUUUCUCUGAAUAAUAAAAACACAUAGAUGCAAACCAGAUAGAUAAGGUAUUUUCUCACGAGCAGCCACUACUCUUAUCGCAUUGUUAUAUGAUGUUCAUGAACCAAUUAAGACACACCUCUUUCUCACUCACACACACACACUAACACGCACGCACACACACACCAGGUUCAAUGGUAGAUUACGUUUGAUUUGGUGUGAAGUGGUGCUUUACGCUUAAUGGUGCAUCAGUCAUUAUAAAAUUGAAGAUCAGACACGUCUGUAGGUCAUGUUUGUGUAAAUAAUUUUGUUUAAUUUUAGGCAAUGUGUUUUCAUUUAACGCUCCCUUCAAAAUAAAAAGAAUUUCUGAAAUGUUCACUGUACAGAGAAAUCUAUCCAGGGUAUUAUGGGUCCAAGAGGCAAAAAGUUCAGUUCAGAAUGUAUAUGUAUGUAUAAGACCAGUAUACCAAGUUUACAAAUGUUGUAUCCAUCGGUGCGGCGGGGUGAUCGUUUAACUUUGACCAUGAAUUAUAGCGCCCCCCUAUGGGCAAAAUGGUCCAAAUGUUUUGGAAACCUGCUCUUCCGGGAUACCAUUCACAGGCUAAAAUAUGGGCGCUCCCAAAUCAAAAGAAUAAUACCCAAACAAGACAAUAACAAUUGAUAUCCAAAGAUUAACUGUGAAUAGCUACCUAUUUAUGCAUUGAAUCUGUAUGUUAACCUGUGUGUAAAUUGCAAUUCACUUUUAAUAAACACAACCU